AUGGUCUCCACUGAAUUGAUCAACGCCGUGCUGCAGCAGGCGAUCCGCGUGGCAACGCACUCCUGGGAAUACGGCACCGUCGCGGAAGCCCUCCUCGAGUGGAACGACCCCCAGCUUUCCAUCUGGAACAACCCGUUUCCACACGGAAAAGUACCGACAUUGAACGUCGCCAACGUGAGCGCUUUGACCUACAUCAAGCCGCACAUUCGCACCGACAACAUCACUCUCGUCGACGGAGAUGGAGCCGCUGGUGAUCCAGCCGCGGAGGGCAUCCCCGCUCUCCUCAUCGGCAAGACGGACACCGCCUACUGGGACGCCGCACUCCGCCAGGAAGAACACCUCGUCAACGACGUCCCCCGCUGGUCCAACGGCGCCAUCUCUCACCGUGAGAAUGUCGCAGAGCUCUGGGCUGACUUCGUCUACAUGGUUCCGCCCUUCCUCGCCUACACGGGUGUCGCCACUUCCAACCUUACCCUCCUCAAGGAAGCAGCCAUCCAAGCGAAGCUCUAUCGCGACGUACUAAUUCAGCCCUCAGGUGUGUGGAUGCACAUCACCGGCCCCGAAGUGCAGGACUAUGAGCUUUGGAGCACAGGGAACGGUUGGGCUGCUGCGGGUAUGGCGCGCGUGCUUGCUACGCUUAAGAAGUCGCCGUAUGCGAAUAAGACGAAGACCGAGCAGGCGUCGCUCACGGGCCUGAUUAAGGAGAUCUUGGACGGUGUGAUCAAGCUCGAUACUGAUGAGUCUGGCUUAUUGCGCAAUUACCUGAACCAGACGUCGUGGUUUGGCGAGAUCUCAGGCACGAGUGUCCUGGCUGCUACGGCGUUGCGGGUUGCGGUGUUGGAGCCGGAGACGUUUGGUAAGGACUACGCGGAUUGGGCGAUCAAGAAGAUGGACGUUGUGGAUGGGCACAUUAAUGCGGAAGAAGGCGACAAUAAGGGCAUCGUUACGCCCGCGGUGAAUCCGCUGGACUGGCACGACGAAACGCCGUAUACGACCGGUAGUCCUGAGGGGCAAAGUUUCGUGGUGCUGCUGCAUGCAGCCUAUCGAGACUGGCAGAAGAAACAUGGCGGGAAGCGGGGGGACUAA